AUGAACUGGUUUGGAAAUUACGCCUCUGGGUUUCCUGAAGACGGUUCCGUACUCAACAUGCACUCGCCCCUGUUGCUUUCACUCAUGUCAUCGGAAGAUGAGCAACAGUUUGCUUCCAACUGGAGGCCCAGCGCACCUCUCCAGGCCGUGGUGACACAGCCCCGCCGCGGUGCUGGCGCCGGCGUCAGGCACGCAGUGGUGACCGUUGUCCCGACAGGCGGUGACUGGAGUACCGGCCUCUUCAGUGUCUGCAGGGACAGGAAGAUCUGUCUCUGUGGGCUGUUCUGCCCCAUGUGUCUGGAGUGUGACCUGGCAAGGCACUAUGGAGAGUGUUUCUGUUUGCCAAUGCUACCUGGCUCCACCUUUGCACUGAGAAGCACCCGGGAGAGGCACAAGAUACGGGGCACUGCGUGCGAGGACUGGCUGGCGGCGCACUGCUGCUGGCCCCUCUCCGUCUGCCAGGUGGCGCGGGAGCUCAAGGCGCGGCCCGCGCAGCGCUACGAGGUCUACGCGGCGCCGCCCUCCAAGGACACCCUGCUCUGA